AUGAAGGCCAUCGUUGUCCUCAGUGUUCUUUUCGCCAUAGCAAUCGCUGCCCCCAGCCCCGACGCUGUGGCACGCUCUCUCGCCCGGAGAAAGGCGGCGAGGGCCCUGCGAUCCCAGCAAAACAAGGGUCGUAUCCUCGAAAGAGCCUCGGCCUACAACGUGAACUGGGCUGGCGCUCUCCUCACCGGGAAGAACGUCACAGCAGCGUCGGGCAGUUUCCCGGUCCCCAAGGCUGCCGUGCCCACAGAGAAGGAAGCCGGUUUGAAGGAAUACACUGCGUCGGCGUGGGUCGGCCUCGAUGGCUACAACUGCAAAGGUCUCUGGCAGGCGGGUGUUGAUUCUAUCGUUGAGUCAUCGGGGGAGACCUCGUUCUACGCGUGGUACGAGUGGCUCCCGGCCGAUACGCAGGUUGUCGACCUCGGGGAAAUUUCCGCUGGCGAUGUUAUCAACGUCGAGCUCACUGCAGCUAGCACAACCGAGGCAUCUGUGGUUCUGGAAAACAAGACGAGCGGCAAGAAGUUCACCAAGACGGUCACGUCAUCCGACGCGCUGUGUGGGACCGCUGCCGAAUGGAUCCUCGAGGACGUGACUUUCCAGGACCCAGACACCGGUCUGGCCAACUUUGGCUCCGUCACCUUCUCCGACACCAAAGCAACGGUGGGCGGAUCAAACACCUCUUCAAUCAGUGAUGCUAUCAUCAUGGACAUUCGAGACACCAACAACACUGUCCUCACGUCCUCCAAGGUCUCUGGAUCUGAUGUCGUUGUGACCUAUGGCUGA